UGUAGUUGUGGGUGGCGCACAGAUACUGUCCACGGGGCUCGUAUCCACGCCUUCUCCUUUCCUUAUGUCCUCAUUCACUCCCCGCGGUCCGACAAGGAUUUUCCAUGGCGAACUUCUCUCCCUGUCCACUCUUCCACCUUCUUCUUCUGUUAUCUUGUUUCCUGACUGUGUCACAUGCGACUCAAGAUGACCUUGUAAUUGAUACCGAGCAUGGCAAAGUUCGAGGGAAGUUGCUUUCUGUGCUCGGUGGUAAUGUACGAGCAUUUCUAGGAAUCCCGUACGGGAAACCGCCUUUGGGGAAACUGAGAUUUAGUGCUCCACAGCCGGUAGACAGUUGGACAGGAGUGAAAGAUGCAACUCAAUUCCCAAAUUCCUGCUACCAGAUUUCCGAUACAACCUUUCCAGGGUUUCAAGGUUCUGAGAUGUGGAACCCGAACACCCCUUUAAGUGAAGACUGUCUUUAUCUGAAUGUCUGGUCACCACGUCUCAACCAAACCCAGCCCAAGUCCUCACCACUGGCUCCUGUUCUAGUCUGGAUCUAUGGAGGCGGGUUCAGUCAAGGAACAUCCUCUCUGGACAUUUAUAAUGGUCGCUUCUUGAGUAAAUCUGAAGAUGUUGUGGUUGUCUCAAUGAAUUACAGAGUCGGAGCUUUUGGUUUCCUCUCUUUUCCUGAUGACAAGAACUUCAAGGGCAACGCAGGCCUGCUGGACCAGCGCUUGGCCCUCCACUGGGUGGCCAAAAACAUAGCUGCUUUUGGAGGGGAUUCUUCAAAGGUGACUCUCUUUGGGGAGAGUGCUGGGUCGGCAUCUGUGGGCUUCCACCUGCUUUCUCCGGGCAGCCAUGGUCUUUUUCAAAGGGCUGUGUUGCAGAGUGGCUCUCCUAAUGCACCCUGGGCCACAAUCAGCCAGAAAGAGAGCUGGCACAGGUCUACGAAGCUGGCAGCACUACUGGGUUGUCCCCAAUCUCCUCCAUCUGAUAUGAAAGAUUGUCUGGUGCAGGCUGAUCCACUGAAAAUCUCAUCAGAGCAAUAUGAUGUUGUUGUACAGCCUACAAUCAUAAUCACACCCUUUGUCCCUUAUGUUGAUGGGGACUUCCUACCAGAUAAAGUUGAAGUGUUGCUUAGUACCGGCACAAUUCCAAAGAAAGAUGUGCUGUUGGGCUUGAACAAGGACGAAGGAACCUAUUUCCUAGUUUAUGGAAUACCUGGGUUCAACAUCACUGGUCAGAGUCUCAUCACCAGAAAUGAGUUCCUGAGAGGAGUGCCAAUUACAAUGCCACAUGCAAGCAAUGUCAUGAGGGAUGGGGCCGUGUUCCAAUACACUGAUUGGACAGAUGAGAAUAACAGAAUGUCAAAUCGUGACUCUCUGGGUAGUCUGGUUGGAGACCAAUAUUUUGUUUGUCCCGUGCUAGAGUUCGCUCAGAGGUACUCCCAACAUGGUGGUAAAACCUUCCUUUAUUUAUUUGACCACCGGUCCUCCGUCAAUCCUUGGCCAGAGUGGAUGGGCGUUUUGCACAGCGAUGAGCUGGAUUUUGUCUUUGGAAUGCCUCUGAAUGCAUCCCUGGGAUACACAAAGAAUGAAGUGAACAUGACAAAGAAGUUUAUGAAACACUGGGCCAACUUUGCCCGCACAGGGAACCCAGGCAUUGAUGGAAAUAACUGGCCCGUGUUCCACCCCGAACGGCAGGAGUAUGUCACUCUGAACUACAACCAGCACCAACAAAAGAGAAUGAUGAGAGCUAAAGAGUGUCACCUCUGGAACACAUUCAUCCCAAAAGUACAGAAAGUCUCAGAUGAUCUGCUGUCUUGUGUGAAAGCAAAUGGGAUUAUACUCCACUGUAACUACACCUUCCUCCUCAUUGUAUUAGUAAUACAUUUAACCUUUUAAUACAGUGAAGAGACCUGCCUUCUAUAGAGAUAUAUUCAAAUUUUUAAGAUGUGUAUUCUUUGAAGUGUGGUUUGGAUAAACGAAUGCCCCUACUUUUUUGCAACCGUUAUUUCAAUAACCAGCAUUCACAGUAAUUGUUUAACUAAGAGAUGCUGUUCACAUAUUGUGGUAAAAGCAACAUAACGGACGAAGCUGCACCAUUUAUUCUGCAGGCAUCGGCGCUGCACAAUGCCCAACAAUCGAAUAGUGUUUUAAGUUAUGAUCAUUCUAUUUCUCACUAUAUUCAGCUACCAGUUUUUUUCUGCAUGUUUAAGUCUUUCUUUCAAACGUGUUUAUAUAAACUGCACUCACAGUAAACAUUAAAGUGAACUUGUAUUGGAAAAAUGAUUGUAAACAUCAUCCAGCCAAUACAUUUUGAAGCUGCACUUGCACUAAUGCAUUUUUAGAAGAAAAGGCAAAAUUGGCAUAUUGAAACGUGAAAUCAUCUCAAUUGGGCAUCAGCACUCAUCUCAUUUGGGCAUCAGCACUUCCAUGUAUAGAAGACUACUCUAUCAUAAUUACAAUUAAAAGUUAAGUUGUUAUAACUGUGUUGUUCAUUGUUUUAAUCAGUCAAAUCGAUGAACGGAUUAUUAAAUAUUUGGAUAAAUGAUGAUCAACACUGA